AUGGCCAACGUGGCAAACAUCGCCUACGGAGGCUGCACUGUGGGUGUUGCCAUUGCAGCUGCAUGUCAGACUGUGAAGCCCGGGUAUCAUCUAUACACGGCGAUGGGCAAUUACCUGGGGCCAGCCCUCACGGAUCGCAACCUCUUCAUACAUGUCCAAUCAGUCCGUGAUACUCGAACCUUUGCCACACGACAAGUUCUCGUCUCCCAGAAACGGGACGGUCACCAAGAGCGACGACAUUGUCUGACUGCUCUGAUCGAUUUUCACUUGGCAGAGAAGAACAGUCUCCUGACGUAUUCGGCACCACCAGCAAUGGUGUACGGAGCCCCAGAGUCAUUACACAAUGUCGAACAGGUUGAUGAGUACUUGGUUACUUCUGGGAAGGUAUCGCCAGAACUGCUCAAUUUAUUGGCAACAGAAGCAAGUUUGAUGCGAAGAGUCUUUGACAUCCGGCCGUCUCCAGAAGGGGUGAUGCACCAAAAUCUCCUAGGCCGUCUCAAAAUACCUACGACUCAAGACCAUCUCACACUCACAGAAAGAACGACAGGGGAUUAUUUCAAGACCAAGCAUAAGCUAGUUAGCCAGGGGGAGCAGGUGGCAGGUGUUGGAUUUCUCCUCGAUGGCUCGCUCUCGUUUACUCCACUGGCACACUCUUCUAUGCCAUUGGAGGCUGCUGGUGCGUGUUCCAGCUUGGACUUUGCACUGAGAAUUUUCGUAAACGAGGUGGAUCUCAAUGAGUGGAAUUUUAAGGAGAUCAAGACUAUCGCAGGUGGUGAUGGCCGGGCAUACUCUGAGGCGAGACUCUGGGAUAAUGAGGGGAGGAUGAUCGCCAACAUGACUCAACAGUGCAUUUUGCGUCCAAAGAGGCCAAAUCUGUAA